AGUCAGUCUCUUACUUACACUGCAAGACUGCAAUGGCUUCUUCUUCUUCUUUCAUUGCCACUCCAACAAUGUCUCUUCUUCUACUACUACUACUUUUGGUGGGGAGUUCCUCUGCUCAACUCUCCACCACCUUCUACUCAAAUUCUUGUCCCAAACUCGCAUCUACAGUGAAAUCCGUCGUUCAAUCUGCGAUAUCAAAAGAGAAGCGAAUGGGUGCUUCUCUCGUUCGUCUCUUCUUCCAUGACUGCUUCGUCAAUGGAUGUGAUGGGUCAAUACUGUUAGAUGACACAUCAAGCUUUACAGGAGAAAAGAAUGCAAACCCUAAUCGGAAUUCAGCUAGGGGAUUCGAUGUAAUUGAUAAUAUAAAGACUGCUGUGGAGAAAGUGUGCCCUGGGGUUGUGUCCUGUGCUGAUAUCGUGGCUACUGCUGCCCGAGACUCUGUGGUCACUCUUGGAGGGCCUAAUUGGAAUGUGAAACUUGGAAGAAGAGAUUCUAAGACAGCAAGCCAAUCUGCUGCAAAUAAUGGCAUCCCUCCACCAACUUCAAGCCUUAGCAACCUAAUCUCUAAGUUCCAAGGAGUGGGUCUCUCCACCAAAGACAUGGUUGCCUUAUCUGGUGCCCACACAAUUGGUCAAGCAAGGUGUACUAACUUCAGAGCCCACAUAUACAAUGAGACCAACAUAGACACUUCCUUUGCCCAAACAAGGAAAGGGAAUUGCCCAUUACCUUCUGGGUCAGGAGACAAUAAUUUGGCACCUCUAGACAUUCAAACCCCUACUUCUUUUGACAACAACUACUUCAAGAAUCUCAUUAAUACUAAAGGGCUGCUUCACUCUGAUCAGCAAUUAUUCAAUGGUGGAUCCACAGAUUCCCUUGUGAGGUCAUACAGCAGUAACCCUAGCACCUUCAACUCUGACUUCAGUGCUGCCAUGAUCAAGAUGGGAGACAUCAGUCCCCUCACUGGCUCUAGUGGAGAGAUUAGGAAGAACUGCAGGAAGACCAACUAAGGGCAUGAAGUCUCUGCUUGUAUGAUUCAGAGUAUUAUCUACUUAGUUUUAGGCUCUUUUCUUUCUUAAGAUAUCAAAAAGGAGAUGAUUUGAAGCUUUAAGGGACUUGGGUUUUGGUUUUUUGUUUUUUUUUUUUUUUUUUUGGCUUUGUAGUUGUGACUUGUGAGUUAAGUCUUGUGUCUCACUGUCACUUGGGAUCCAAAAGUAAUUGUGUGCUUGGGAUUAAUCUAAUCCUAUAAAGAUAAGAGAUUGUGUGG